AUGGCUUCAACAGUCACCAGCGAUCAGGAUAGCCCGGAUGUGGAGGUUCCUAUAGCCGUUGACCCGCAAGAAGAGAUACCUGCGCAGAUACCCAUCCACUCAGAGGCGCCUCAGGACGAACCAUCGCAGAACAGGCCUCAGAGGAAACAAGGAGGUCGACGGGAAAAGCACAGGUUAAAGAAGGAUGUGCUCCCAGAGCAGGACCUUGACAAGGGCAUCGUCGGAUGGGAAGGGCAGGAUGAUCCAGAGUACCCGCGGAAUUACACCUCGUUGCGGAAAUGGACUAUUCUUUCCCUUGUGAGCUCAAUGACACUGAUUAGUCCCUUUGCGUCUUCCGUUUUUGCGCCUGCUGUCCGGUUUGCCGAUGUCGACUUCAACAACACUUCGACGAUUUUGGGCGCCUUCGUUGUUUCCGCAUAUGUCCUUGGCUAUGCGGUCGGCCCCUUAUUCCUUUCUCCUCUCAGUGAGAUAUACGGUCGAAGGAUUGUGUUGAGUAUUGCCUCAUUACACUUCGUGGUGUGGCAGAUAGGUUGUGCGUUGGCGCCCAAUAUAUCGUCUCUGAUCGUCUUCCGCUUGCUCACGGGCAUGGGCGGGUCUGCUUGCUUGACCAUCGGUGGUGGUACGAUUGCCGAUCUAUUCGAGAAAGAACAACGUGGGCUGGCAAUGUCCAUCUUCACUGCUGGCCCCCUGUUCGGGCCCGUCCUUGGUCCAAUUUGUGGAGGCUUCAUAGCGCAGGGCGCAGGAUGGAGAUGGGUCUUUUGGACUCUCUUAAUUGUCGCAGCUACAUGCACCGGGCUCAUUCUCAUUUUCUACCGCGAGACCAACCACGCCGUCCUCAUCCGUCAAAAAACCCGGCGCCUUGCGAGAGAUUUGGAACGUGACGAUCUUACAAGUUGCUACGAUAAUGUCCUGGACAGACGCUCCGCAAGAACUCUCCUUAGUCGCAGCUUGGGAAGGCCUCUGAAGAUGCUAUUUCUGUCUCCCAUUGUCGGACUGUUGGCGAUCUACGUGGCAGUGAUAUUCGGAUGCCUCUACUUGCUCUUCACGACAAUUACCACCGUCUUUCAAGAAACAUACCAUUGGAGUCCCGACCUGACGGGUCUUGCCUACAUUGGCCUGGGACUCGGACUGAUGUGUGGACAGGCUCUGUUUGGGCUCACAAGCGACAGGAUCGUUGUCCGUCUCACUGAGGCCAACAAUGACGUCUAUCAGCCUGAGAUGCGACUCACCAUGUGCUUGCUGUUUGCUUUCUUCGUUCCCAUAUCCUUCUUUUGGUACGGAUGGUCGAUCGAAGCCAAAGCACAAUGGGUUGUCCCUAUCAUCGGCCUGUUGCCAUUUGGAUUUGGCAUGAUUGGCAUCUUCACAUCUAUCCAAACGUACAUUAUCGACGCAUAUUCCCAGUAUGCGGCGUCCGGGAUAGCCGCAGUGACGGUCACGAGAUCUUUUUUCGGGGCGUUUCUUCCACUUGCCGGUCCUUCGCUGUAUCGAAGUCUUGGAUAUGGGUGGGGAAAUUCUUUGCUCGGUUUUCUCACCCUCGCUUUGAUUCCAGCACCAGUUCUCCUCCGGCAGUAUGGCGGUUCUCUGAGACAACGGUACCCUGUAGAAUUAGGAUAA